AUGUUCUCGGUUCUCUUCCUCUAUUUGCAGCUUUUGCUGUUCAAACUGCUGUACUACGUUAGAGGCCAUGACAAGAACCUCAUCACCAAGUCCGCCGCUUUUGCUCACUUGCCUGAGCCAAAUAUGAAGCUCGAGGCUCCUGAGUGCGGGCUGCCCGGAUGUAGCCUCCUCGACCAUCACACCUACCUUGACGUUGAGAAGGGAGGCAGAUUUCCCAACCUGCGAUGGACUAUGCCUCGCUGCGGAGAAGCCAGAGAGUUUGUCCUGAUUUGCGAAGAUCCUGACGUCCCCAUCCCGUCUAUGGUCUUUGUUCAUGGUCUUUUCUUCGAGAUUCCACCCACUUGUUUCGUUGCCUACGAUGAUGAUGUGGACAUGAAUCCCAACAUGCCUGGCCGCAUCACCUUCGCUGGUUGGAGAUACGUUCCUAACCUUCUUGGGUCGUCUUACAUCGGUGCCUCGCCCCCCUACGGUCACGGUUAUCAUCGCUACAUUUUCACCAUUGUCGCGCUGAGCGAGCCCCUUGACAUUGCCCAGCCAGACAAGGCCACCGUCUCAGUCAUUAAGGAGGCCAUGGCUGGAAAAGUCAUCGGAUGGGGUGAAUGGUUAGGCACCUAUCAGCGCACUAUGCCUCGCUAA